CAGUCAGCAGCCGUCAAUGUAGUAUGUGAAUUAGCAAGAAAAAAUCCAAAAAAUUAUUUAUCCUUAGCACCUGUGUUCUUUAAGCUUAUGACUACAUCUACUAAUAACUGGAUGUUGAUAAAAAUAAUCAAACUGUUUGGUGCCUUAACCCCAUUAGAGCCUCGACUUGGCAAGAAACUGAUAGAACCAUUAACUAAUUUAAUACAUAGUACGUCGGCGAUGUCGUUGCUGUACGAGUGUAUAAACACGGUGAUCGCUGUGCUGAUCAGCAUCAGCAGCGGGAUGCCGGGCCACGCCGCCUCCGUGCAACUCUGUGUUCAGAAACUAAGAAUACUCAUAGAAGAUACUGAUCAGAACUUAAAAUAUUUGGGUCUAUUGGCCAUGUCCCGGAUACUCAAAUCCCACCCAAAGUCUGUACAAGCACACAAGGAUCUGGUACUCGCUUGUCUCGACGAUAAAGAUGAAUCCAUAAGACUAAGAGCGUUAGGACUUCUAUAUGGCAUGGUAUCGAAGAAGAACUUGAUGGAGAUAGUGAAGAAGCUGAUGGUGCACAUGGAGCGGGCCGAGGGCACUCUGUAUCGCGACGAGCUGCUCACGCGCAUGAUCGAGAUUUGCGCGCAGAACAGCUAUCAGCACGUGGUCGACUUCGAGUGGUACAUCACCGUGCUCGCUGAGCUCACCGAGAUGGAGACCAGCGCUAAACAUGGCUGCAUGAUAGCCGCGCAGCUGACAGAGGUGGGCGCGCGCGUGGCGGACGUGCGGCAGUUCGCGGCGCGCGAGUGCAGCGCGCUGUGCGCGAAGGCGGCCGCCGCGCCGCCCGGCCCCGCGUCCCGCGAGGUGCUCUACGCCGCCGCUUACGUGCUCUCCGAGUAUUGCACGGAAGAGUCAGUGAUGCGCGAGUCGAUCCCGGCGGUGCUGGUGUGCGCACGCGCGCACGCGCACGGCUCGGGCGGGAUGCGCGCGCGCGCCGUGUGCGUGCACGCCGCGCUCAAGCUGCUCGCCAAGCUGCUGCUGCUGUACGAGCAGAGCGGACGCCGGGAGGAGGCCGUCAGCAUCAUCCAAGAGACGUUAUCUGGUCUCAAGCCACUGCUUUGUAGCGAGGACAUGGAGGUACAAGAGCGAGCUCACAAUGCAACUGCAUUACUGUCGCUGGUGUUAGCUCGAAUCGACCCAGACAGCUGUGUGCCCGAUAUCACUAUUAAGGAUUCAGUUAUUACUGACACGCUUGUGCAGCAUGAGAGCAAUGGAUUGGAUAAAGAGGAUAAUGUUGAAGAAUUGCUUAAUGGUGAGAAGACAUCAAGCAACUUUAGUGGUGGUAUGAUUGAGGAGUUGGCGAGUUUGUUUGAGGGCGAGUUAAAACCUGUGGCGCCUAAAGCACAGAAGAAAGUGCCAAUGCCUGCCGAGCUGGACCUCGAGCAGUGGCUGUCCCACUCGCGCUGGUCGUCGGAGAGCUCGAGCUCGGAGGACGAGGGCGCCGCGCUGUUCGCCGCGCCGCCGCCCGACGCGCGCCCCGCCACGCACCGCACGCACCUCACGCACCUCACGCCCGACGAGCUUCUGAUGCUUCGGGAAGCGCGCAAGCAAGAGCAAGCGAACAACCCGCACUAUCUGAAAGACGACUCGCCGCGCUCUUACCAGCAGGAUGACAUUCCUGUCGCGGAGAUAGCGCUAGAGGUGCCCUUGCAAAUACAAUCUAAGAGAUCUGAUCAGUACUUAAUAUCGAGAGAAAGCUCGAAAAAGGCGAAGAAAGAGAAGCGGCCGUCGAAGAAACGAAAGAGCAAGACUGAAAGACAUUCCACUGAAUCUGAUAGCGAUGAGGGCUCGGAGGCGCGCGUGCAGCGGCGGCCCGCGGUGGAGACGGGCGGCGAGCUGCCUGAGGGCGCCGCGCCCUCCGACGACGAGCCGCCGCCGCACGACGACCCGCACCGCGCGCUCGACCUCGACCUCGACGUACCUUUACGUGAGGAAGAAAUGCUCGUGACGAGAGUAAAGCAGUACCCUCAACCAGGAGGCGAGUUACUCAAAAAGAAAAAAGAUAAGAAAAAGAAGUCUUCUGACAAAAAAUCCACCGAAAAAACCACCAAGAAGAAGAAGACUAAGUCGUCGAAACAUGACAAAGAGGAGAAUCUUAUUAUUCCAGAACUGAACGCAAACAAUGCAACAGAAGAUUUACUUAUAAAUAGUCAUUUAAGUGACACAAACGACGUCAAUAGCGGUGGCGCAGACAUAGAGCCCGAAAAGCAGGUGAAAAAUAAGACUGAAAAACAUAAGAAGUCUAAGAAGGAUAAACACGAAACAAAAGUUGGGUACGAGGAAGCGUUGGGCAUUUCUACGCCCAGUAAAGAAGUUAUAUAGUGCGUAGCAUAAUACAAUGUACCUUUGAAUCCAUGUCACAUGCUGUCUCAGUGCAAUUGUUUAUUUGAACAAUUAGUUAUAUAAUUUCAUAUAUUUUAUAAGAAUUAUUUUAAUUCAUCUUAUAGGAAAUGAUGUCCACUAAACGUAUAUUGCUAUAAAUGUUUAGACUUAUAUGUAUAAUCAUGUACAGUUAUGAAAGAUAAAUAAGAUUUAUUAAAAGCGAUUCUUUUACUUUAAAUAAAGCUAAUUUCUUCAUGUUU